AUGAAAUCUAUUGAAAUAUUUAUUGGAGAAAUGACUAAGAAGGAGAUUGGUUCCUCUUCUGUUGCAAAUGGUGGAUAUGCAUAUGGUGUUAGCUUUGUUGUUCUGGUUGUUGUUGUUGACGUUGUUGUUGUUGCUGAAAUGGUUUGGAAUGAAACAAGUGGGGGAGAAGUGUCUACUUCUCUUAGAUGUUCCAACAGUAUAGAGCUUGGACAUCAUAUUGCUGCAUACAAGAGUGCAAUGUUGUGUGUCGCUGAUUGCAAGAGCUCAAGUGAUGUUAAAGUUGUGUCGUUCCUAACAUUGAAGAUAUUGUGGAUUCGAGAUUCCUGUCUGUCGGUCAAGCUGGGAAGUCUUUCGGGAAAACGACCAGGUAUGUGUGAAUUUGAAUUUGAUAGAGGUGAAGAGUUGACGUUUGUAUCAGCUAAGCAAGUGAGAGAAUCCGUGAAGGAUAUGGAACAAGUGUUUGUGAUGUUAGCUUCAUUGGAAGCUAGAGGACAGGGAGUUGUUCGUGAUCUUCCUGGAGUGUGUGAAUUUCCUAAAGUGUUUCCUGAAGACAUCAAUGAUUUGCCUCCAAAGCGCGAAGUGGAUUUUUCUAUAGACUUAGUACUUGGUACUAGUCUGAUGUCGAUGACUCCUUAUAGGGUGUCUACUUUAGAGUUGGGGAAUUGA